AAUUUUACAUCUACUUGAUCUGUGAAACAAAAUAUGAAUUUUGUAAUUGAGAUAUGAUUAUUCUAAAUGUUUUAUUUAUGUAGUUAAAAUCUUUUUCGGUGAGAGAUGUAAUUACAGUAAAAUAGAAACUGCAAUUCAGUGUUUAUAGAGUAGAGGUAGAAAGUGCCUGAUAAAAAAUAUACGUUGUAUAAGAAUAAACACACUUUCCUUUAUUUGAUAAAAAAAAGUGAAUGAUAAUUCUUAAGUGUUAAGGUUAAAAAUAUGCUUAUAUCCAGUCCGAUAACUCGGCGAGAUCUAAACUUUUCCAAAAUGUGCUUUUUGAUAAAGUGCCUUAAAAGAUUAAAAAGUUCACAACAAUGGUUAAGUCGACAAAGAGCGGACCCAUACGUAGAAAGGGCUAAGAUAAGCAACUACAGAUGUAGGAGUGCCUUUAAAUUAUUAGAGAUGAACGAGAAAACUAAUAUUUUACAUCCUGGUCUCACUGUUGUUGACUUGGGAGCUUCACCUGGCUCUUGGACUCAAGUUGCAGUACAAAAGACUAAUGCUGAUGGUGCUGAUUUAACAAAACCAAAGGGAACUGUGUUAUCAAUUGACAAGCUCCAAAUAUUUCCAAUACCGGGUGCAACUAUAUUAAGUAAUAUGGAUUUCUCCACAAUAGAAGCUCAUGAUAAAGUGGUAAAUAUCUUGGAUGGGAAGCUAGUGGAUUUAGUACUUUCAGACAUGGCCCCUAGUGCCACAGGUAUAAGAGAAUUAGACAAAGAUAGAAUUUUAGGUCUGUGUUAUAUGGCAAUAAGAUUUGCUGCUCUUGUUACAAAAAUUGAUGGAAAUUUACUUUUUAAAGUAUGGGAUGGAAAAGAAGUGCCUAUUUUAGAAAUGGAUUUAGAACGAUUUUACAAAAACAUAAAGAUUUUAAAACCAAAAGCAAGCCGCUCAGACUCUUCAGAAAAGUUUAUUUUAGCUAGAGGUUUUAAGGGAAUUCAGAGGCCAUUACAGAAUGGCCGUUGGGGUUGAAUAAAUGCAUGUUUGUAUAUUGUGCCAUAGUCUCUUGGUUGGUUUUUCAGUUUACAUAUUAGUAAAUUUAGUUUGUAGAAUAGAUAUAUGGAAAAACAAACCAUUUACCAUUAUAUAUUUAAGAUGAAGCCAAUGUCAAAUUUGUAUUGGUAAAUGAUUUAAAAGCCUUUAUCUUUGGUUAACAUAGCUUUUACAUAUUGAAAGAAAAAAAUUUUUUAAUCGCAUUAAAGCUGUUUGUAUUAUAAACUUAUCAUUAUUUUACAUAAUUUUAAAUUUGGUCACGGUGACGCACGCCCGCUGUAAAGCACGCGAAACGUCGGAAAUACUAAUACUAUGUGCAAGAGUAUGGACUUGAAAGUCUUUGUUAUAGAAUAAUGAAUUAAGAAAUUUAUAUGUAUUAUAUAGCAUUUUUUAAUUUAAUACUUGUAUGAAAUGACAAUAGCGUGUUUACCUAAAUAAAUGUCUUCCAUUUUAUUGAAUAAGAUAAAUCAUAGAAGACAGUAGUAAAUAAGUAAUACAAUUAAAUAACUGUUCAUAGAUAUCCAAAAAGAUUGUUUAUUUUGUAGUUAUUAAUUUUAUGAGCAUAAAAGUAGUAAUAUUUAUUGGUAUUACUUUAAUUUUUAUCAGUUUUCAAAUUGCCAACUUGGCUUGGCUUU